AUGAGCGUGACAAUAUCCCAGAACAGCUGGACUUUCACUGAAGAGGAGAUACUUGUGAUCACGCCAAAGGUCGAUGGUUACUUCACUUGCGCCAGUCUCGACGUCCUCGUUAUUCAUGCCUAUGGUGUUGGAGAUUAUGAAACCUCGAAACUUCAGACCUAUGUCGACAUAGCGAAGAAUGCCGGAAAGAAGCUUAUCAUGCAGUAA